UUAAGUUUAUAGAGGACCAAAUACAGAAUUAGACAUUUGUGUUUGGUCUUUUGUGUUCCUAGCAUUGUUGUAGAUGAUUAGUGCUACUCUAACUCAAAAGUUAGACCCACUUUUCAAAUUCAAAUUCCUAGCGUUGUUCAUUUUUCUUUAAUUUAUCUUGUAAUUUGUCAUUAUUACACUAGAAUCAAACAUAUGGGUGAUUUGUGUGAUAAACAAACUCACGAGACUCUCGCUGAUCUUCUUGAAUCCAACAGGUUUGUAAAGGGAGUGGUCGCAUGAUUGUGACAUCUGUUGGCACAAACACAGUGAUAGGAAAGUUGAUGAACAUGGUGAUGGAUGAUCCAAACAAUGGAACUACUCUUUUGCAGACUCGAAUGGAAAGGUCAAUCAAUUAUGUAGAUAAGAUUGCACUGUGUAUCUCUAUUCUCAUCACUCUUGUGUUGUUCAUACGGUUCUUGAGUAGGAACCAUGUCGACAGUAUAGAUCUCCCAGAACUAAAAGGGAACUUCACUGUUGAGAAGCUGAUGGAAAUGUUUGACAGAAUUCUUUUGAGGCGGCAAGGUAGCUUGGUUUCUGUUUUAACAACUACUCUUACUGUACUGGUUCUUGGGUUUCAACAUGGCGUCUCUCUAGCCAUUACCAUUUCCCUUUCUUACUGGAACCAAAAGGUAGCAUCUUCUUAUGGUGUCAAUCCUCGAACUCUAUCAGCUUAUGGCACCAUCGGCUUCAUCACUGUCAUCUGCAUUGAUGUGCCUGGUGAAGUAAUGAUGGAGGUUGUUAAGUUGUUGGUUGGUGAAAGAGAAAUCAACACCACCGGAGAAGAAUCCAACUUAUCACACAUUGUUCUUAAAACCUUGCAGCAAGGAAUUGGUGUGUGCAUUCUUGUGCCCGAAUAUCCAUGGAGCCCAAUGGAUAGGUUGCUCUAUUCUUGGGCAUAAUCAGAAUGGGGUGUCGCUACGGAGUUUAG